AUGUCCUCUCUCUCGCCCAUCAAUGCUCCGGGACACAUCCUGCAGCUCCUGUCUGAGUUGCACGCGAAAUCCCUGGAACAGGAGGCCGGCAUCUCGAAAACCGGUAAGGUCUUCUCUUCCGAUGUCCUGGGCGACCUCGAGGACCAGCACUCGCGUGUCAACUCCGCGGUCGAGUUCGACAAGCUCAUGCUGGACAAGUUCAUCGCGCUGGACGAGGACAAGUGCCAGUUUACGUAUCAGCUCAUCAACGCCAUGGGUGCCACCAACGUCGUUGAGGCAGGCACGAGCUUCGGAGUCAGCACCAUCUACCUUGCUCUCGCUGUUGGCAAAACCAAGGCUGCCACGGGCAAGUCCGGAACGGUCAUUGCGACCGAAAAGGAGACGCAAAAGGCAGAUGUUGCGCGCGGGUACUGGGCGCAGUGCGGUCCGGCAAUCGAGCAAGAGAUUGAUCUGAGGGUGGGAAAUCUGCUUGAGACUCUGAAGGAAAGGUUGCCACAAGUUGAUCUCCUUCUCCUCGACAACAACACUCUAUCCGGUGCUGAAGGGUACAAAGAUCUGCUGGAAUUCCUGAGAGAGCCGCAGAACGGGUUUCAGAAUAUGACUCUUCCAUUUACGAACGGGUUUGAGAUGAGCGUUUAUAUGCCAGGGCCGAUAUAA